AUGAAGAAAGCAGUGCACAAAGCAUUUCAUCAUAAAGCUGGCAAUAAAAGUAAAAGCAAGCACAGAAAUCAUCAUCGAGUAGCGUGCAAUGUUUGUGGACUAGAAAAUUUUCAAGUCGAUCGCUACAAAUGUUUAAUUUGUGUCAAUUAUAAUGUUUGUGCACAAUGUUUUGAAAAACAUCUUCAAUCAGAACAGCAUUCCACCGGCCACCCAAUGGUUCAUUUUAAAGUCCCAGAUGAAUUAUUCGGUCGUAAAAUCAAAUCAAAAGAUGAAAUUACAAUAAAAACAAUGGAGCAUCUGUAUGGCAAAGAGCAACAUGAAGAUAUACCCUGCGAUAAUUGUAUCAUACAAAGUAUAUCGGGAUUACGUUUUAAAUGUGAUACAUGUCCGAACUUUAAUCUUUGUCAAAUGUGUGCCAUUAAAAAUACUACCAACGAAAAACAUAAACCGGAUCAUCCACUUAUUCUCGUAUCACAUGAAGUAAUACAGAAACUAAAUAAAAAAAAUAUUGAAUUGGGAGAUCCAUUAGGGCAAGGUGCUUUCGGUACUGUUUACAAAGCUAAAUGGUCAUCAAAAACAGGUCGCCGAGAAGUAGCAUGUAAAGUGUUACAUAUUCCAGCUGGGAUUGAUUCUCUUAAAUUAGAAAAAAGUUUUCUUCGAGAAUUAUCCGCAUAUGCUGAAGUUGAUGGAGCAUAUAUUUUAAAACUUUUCGGCUAUUCCACUUUUCAAAAUGAGAAUAGUUCGAUGAGUUAUUAUUUAAUUACAGAAUAUAUGACUAAAGGAAGUCUAACAGAUCUUAUUUAUAAUCAACAACAACACGAACGAAUAUCACUAAGACAGAAACUAUGUAUUGCUUGCAAUAUUGCGACUGGUAUGCGUAAAAUUCAUGAUCAUUCAUUAAUUCAUCGGGACCUUCGUCCGGAUAAUAUUCUCGUAACAGAUAAUUAUCUAACGAAAAUCGGUGAUAUGGGUUUAGCUCGAGUCUUAGAUGAAUAUUUAGAUCAUACACAAAUUGGGUGUAAACGAUAUAUGCCUCCUGAAUUUUACGAUACUGGAAUGUAUGACCAAAAACUUGAUAUUUUCACAUUUGGCUUAUCAAUAAGCGAACUAUUUACUGAAACACAGCAUCAAUUUAAAGAAAAUCGAAUACAAAUUAAAAAAUCAAGUCCAAUAUUCAGUGAUUUGAUUGAUCGAUGUUUAGAAGAAGAUCCUCGAUAUCGACCAACAGCAAUGGAAAUCGAAGCAACGUUAAAUUUAUAUUUGAAUGAAUUCGAUUCUAAACACUCUACAGGUAGCAACUAUUCUACGUUACCACUAGAUGAACAAAAUAAAUUAGUUUGUCAAUUUUACAAAGCGUAUCACUCGGACGCUGUUCAAAUUAUUGCAAAACAAUACCCACCUAUCAAAAGAUUAUCAAUACAUAGUCUAUCAACAGAAAAAAGCCACGACGAUAAGUCAAAGACCAAAUGUAAAUGCUGUAUUCAGUAG